AUGGAAGCGAAUGUUGCUUCUGAAACACUUAUUCCAGUCAAUUCUGCGAUGCUCUGUUUAAAAAACUGCUCAAGUUCUAGCUAUCCUUCAAUUGGGCUUUCAACUGUUAUGACAACUACAGAUUGUGACUUAAAUCCGAUAAUUCAAUCAUGGGCUGGCGAAAUCUACACUACUUUGACGCUGCCUUUGACAACAUCGAUUACAAUUGGCUUUAACUCGAGUGCAUGGUUUGCCUCACUCUUGAAGGGCGGUGGAGAUCCGUGGUCAAUUGUCAAUCGAUUGAAUUUAGCCCCAAGACCAGAUGGCUACAUCAAUACCAGUCCUGUUACAAAUACAUUGCCAGUAGUAUUUUACCCAAUAAAUACACCAAUAGUUCAUAUUGUACAAAUGGCAGAUAAUGAUGCUACUGAUAUAUUGCAAUGUCGUUGGUCCAAUGCAAAUUCUACAAAUAAUUACAAUGGAGUUGAUGAAUGUCAAGGUAUCUGUUACGGACUGCCUCCUGUAACUGUCCUCAUCUCGUCCAAUUGUACGUUAUCUUUCAUUCUACAAAACGCUAGUCUCUAUUAUGCUUGUGCACUUCAAAUUGAAGAUUUUUAUGACGCUAGCUCCACGACUCCAAUGAGUUCAGUUCCAAUACAAUUCCUAUUCUAUGGAUAUACAGCUGCCUCAGGUGCGUGUGCGCAACGUCCAAAUAUUACUGGUAUCCGUCCAAAUAGAGCAUGUAUUGGAGUUCCAGUUGGUGUUCAACUGAAUGAAACUAUAGUUAUAGAAACAUAUUGUCCUGGUCAAACAAUUGUUGAUUUGGUCACUAGUUCACCUAUUGGAAUGACACAUAGUGCUAUUAGUAAUCCAAGUUCUAAUAUGUGGGUAAUGACAUUGACAUGGACACCCUCAGUAACACAAUCUGGUCCUCAAGGUUUUUGUGCUGGUGCAAUUGAUAAUAGUAGUCUACAAUCAGAUCCAUGGUGUAUCACGUAUCUAGUUGAUUAUGACUCACCGAAUUUAAUUCGUCCCACAUUUGUACAAGGAUCAGUAAGUCCAAUAGCAACAAGUGCAGUUGGUCGACCUUCUCGUAAUGGAACAUAUAUCUGUUUUCACCUGGACUCUACAAAUGCGUCAGUUCUAUGUUAUGAUGCUGGAUAUUCUCCAAAUAUUAUUUAUACUGGAUAUACAAUUGUCAUCGUUACAAGUUUAACAUGGACACCUGGUCAAUCCUAUUAUGUAACAAUGGAUAGUGGAUUUGCUAGUGGAAGUGUCUUUUGUCAUGCUGAAUCGGCACCCAUUACUGAUAAAACAUUUUGGCGAUUUGAUAUAUGGAAUCCAGCACUUUCAAGUACAAGUACAACAACUACUACUCCACCAACAACUCAUACAGUUACAAGCCUAGGAACAACUACUACUUCUGUCAAUACUGCAUGUACAACAAGUGGAAUAGUCGUGACUACGACAAAUGCUUCUACUACUACAACAACUGUGACUACCACACCUCUAACUACCGCUGGUCCAACAACGGCAGGCCCAACUGUCACAGGUGCAACAACUGAAUCAACUAUUCCUGUUUUUUAUCCAGAAGAUUUCGAAAAUGCAUGUAAACAACCCAUUGCAAUUAUGUCAGCUGUUCUCAUGGUUGCUUUUAUGCCUAUACAUGCUCUGGUAAUGUAUACUGCUUUCACAAAAUUCUCAAAUACGUUCAAACCAUCGAACAUUGCUGCAAAAAUAAGACAUCAACAACGAAUGAAAAAUAUUUUUCAACGUUAA